UUGCACCUUCGACAGUUCUUCCUUUUGAUUGGGAAUUAAUCAAAUGUUCGUUAUGGAUCGCUUCAACUUGAAUUCCACCCAAUUUAGCUGCUUGGAUUGCUUGUUCUAAAAGGUCACUUAUAAUAACGCUUCUCAAUGAAUUGUGUUCACAAAUUUAGCAGCCCGAUUGUUAUUUCAUUUGGAAUACAGAUCAAGAAAAUGUUUUCAAACAUUGCCAAACCGCUGGAAGGAAAAGUAGCGAUCAUCACUGCAUCUACUGAUGGGAUUGGUUUUGCUGCUGCUAAACAAUUGGUCAGCGAUGGAGCGUCUAUCAUGAUUUCCAGCCGUAAGAAGAACAAUGUAGAAAUUGCAUUGGAACAACUUCAAAAAGAAUAUGGUGUCAACAAAGUUAAAGGACUUGUAUGCCAUGUAUCAAAAAAAGAAGAUAGAAAUCAUUUAAUUCAAGAGACUAUUAAUAUCUUCGGUGGAAUUGAUAUUCUUGUAUCAAAUGCUGCUACAAAUCCUACAUCAGGUUCAGUAUUAGAUUGUGAUGAAGAAAUUUGGGAUAAAAUAUUUGAUGUUAAUGUCAAAAGCGCAUUUUUAUUAACAAAAGAAGUAGCACCUCAUCUGAUUUCUAGAGGUGGAGGCUCAAUUGUGUAUGUCUCUUCAAUAGCUGGUGUUAAUCCAAUGCCGAUGUUGGGAGCAUAUUCUGUUAGUAAAACGGCACUUCUUGGUUUGACAAAAGUAGUGGCUAUGGAUUUGGCAGAGAAUAACAUAAGAGUCAAUUGUGUAGCUCCUGGUAUUGUAAAAACAAAAUUUGCAUCAUCGCUUACGGAAAAUGAAUCGCUCAGUGAACAUUUAUUACAAGGAAUACCUAUUAGAAGGUUUGGUCGUCCUGAGGAAAUUGGUUCUAUUAUAUCAUUUCUUUGUUCACCCUCUUCUUCCUUUAUAACUGGUGAAGUAAUUGUAGCGUCUGGUGGAAUGACGUCCAGACUUUAAUUGUAAUUCAAGUUAUUGCAUUAUCAUUUUUUUUUUUUUUUUUAAUAAGAAUUUAAACAGUCAAGAUCGAAUAAUCGAAACAUUAGUAUACUUUUUAUUUAUAUACUUAAUAGCUGUAUGUUGAGUUGGAUAAAAAAUUAAAUCAUUUGAUGCAGGAAUGUCAAACACGCGGCCCGCAGCUAAUUUUUUUUUAUGGCUCAUUGAUACCACUAUAAUUAAUGAACAAUCAUUUGAAAAAAAAAAAUUAAUACUUUUUUCUUUUUUUGUGUCAAAAAUAGUUAGUGAGAGGUAUACAUUAUAUUACUUUUCUGUCUUACCUUCUGAUUAACUGUAAUAGAAUGAAUAUUGUAUAGUAUUGCAAGUAUUAUAGGUAUAAUGAAUACAAUUAAAAAUUUGUAUAACAAUUUUUUUUUGAUACAUUUUUAUAUCUUUUGCGCAAUAAACAUAAUAAACUGUUCAAUAUAUUUGGCCCAGUUAAUACUUUGAGUUUGACAUGCCUGAUUUAAUGGAUCACUAAAUUUUAAUGGACCAAUUGUGGGCUACUAAACUCCAUUUCUUCAAUACUCAUUACUAAAAUACAUCAUUAAAUGUUAAUUUAUUAUUUAUGCAACUUGGAAUCAUACAUACAUUGAUAGUUGAUAACUAAUUACAACUGGAUUUUCUAAAUUGCGGUGUUUGGUGACUGAUUAAAAUAUUAUAAUAUUUUCUUAUGUAUAUUGUUUUGUUUUAUUUGGUAUUUAUUUUUUAUUUAUGUAUAUUUGGUAAAAUAAUAAGUUGUUCAGUCUAUUUAUCUAAUUUUAGUUUGUUUUGUUGAAUUUUUUUGUAACUUGUAAGUUGAAUAAUUAUAAAUAACUUG